AUGGAGAGAUAUUUGGUUCUUGUGUUGUUGACUUUAUUCUUCAGCGAGUUGGCGACUCCUGCACUCGGCUGUGAAUCGAAAUCUGACUGUGAUGAUGGUCUUAGCACGACUGCAAUUGUGGUUAUCGCCAUCCUCGUUCCAAUUGGUUUCGUAUGCAUUGUGCUGUUCUCCAUCUACAUGUGUUGCUACUACGAUGGACCGGACGAAAAUAGUGGUAGUGGUGGUGGGAGAGGGCACUGGGGAGGUCACAGCGGAGGAGGCGAUUGUGGGGGAGGAGGCAAUUGUGGUGGCGGGGGAGGGGACGGAGGUGGAUGCUAA